UCGUCUCCGUCUUGAUUAUUUCCCAAGCUUCCGCCUUGGUUUCUUGCUCAACUUUUCGCCAUCGAAGGAAACCUCCCGAAUCAGAAGCUCCAUUGAUUCCCUCUCUCUGUAUCUGUGGAUAAGCGGCGGUGGCUGUUGCUGAUUGAUCGCUUGAUCGCCUGUCUAGUCCCGAUGACGAAGGAAUUCAAUGUACCGCCGGUGGUGUUCCCCGCCAGCGGCAACCCCCCGGUCGGCAACCUCCAGCAGCGGCGGGUCCCCACGGCGCCAUUCCAGCCCCCUCGCUCCAGCGGCUCCAGCAUCCCGUUCAUGUCCUUCGUCAUCGGCGCUGCCACCACCACCUCCUCCAACAUCUACGGCGGUCCGAUCGGCGGCGGCGGCGGCCCCUCCGGCUCGGCUAGCUUCGAGGACGAAGAGCCGUUACUCGACGAGCUCGGGAUCCAUCCGGAUCAAAUCUGGAAGAAGACCAAGGCGAUUCUCAACCCCCUCCGCGUCAACCCCGCCGUCCACAAGGAUUCAGAUCUUUCCGGGCCGAUCAUCCUCUACCUCUCCCUCUGCCUCUUCCAACUCCUCGCCGGGAAAAUCCAGUUCGGCGUCAUCCUGGGCUGGAUCGUGGUAUCCUCGAUCUUCCUCUACGUCGUGUUCAACAUGCUCGCCGGGCGCAACGGCAAAUUGGAUCUCCAUACGUGUACGAGCGUUGUCGGAUACUGCCUGCUCCCGGUAGUGAUCCUAUCGGCCGCCUCCCUCUUCCUUCCUCAGGGCAGCUCCGGGCGUUUCAUCAUAGCUGGGAUUUUCGUGCUGUGGGCGACUAGGGCUUGCACGGGCCUGAUGGUGGCCCUCGCCGACGGAGAAGAGGAACACCGCGGCCUCAUCGCGUAUGCUUGCUUUUUGAUUUACACUCUGUUCUCGCUGCUCGUUAUAUUCUAGCCGGCAGGUUUAGUUGAAUUCUUACGAUGCUUCACUGGUGAUUGGGUGUUGAAAAAUUUUUGGGGUCAAUUGGCAAGAAAGAUAGUGAUGCAUGUUUUAUGACCAAUGUAUCUAGUGAUGCUUCUUGUUUUCGCCAUUUCUGUUGAUGAAUUUCUGUGUGCAGAGAUCUUAAACCCUUGAAUAGUUGCCGUAGUUGGUACGAAAUUUGAGUAACUGAGCUGAGAUGUGAUUAAUUGAUCAGUUUUAGCCAUCGAGUUAUCAUCUUGCUGGUGAUAAUGCGUAUUCUUUUUGUUAUUCGCACUGUGAUUCUAUCUGUUU